UUUUUAGAAAAAUGAUGCCACAAGAAAUUGCAAUGCUGAUGGGAGUUGGUUUUCUUUUAACAAUAAAUCUUGGACAAACUACACAAGAUGUGUGCCAGGAAACACACCUACAGUAUUAAUGGAAAUACCAAAAUCAGAAUAUAUUUCCAGAAAAUUACAAGAAACGUUACCAGCUAUCACAAUGAUCUCACAGACUGGAUAUGCAGCAUCAUUGAUCUCUUUAAUUAUAGCAUUUACUAUUAUGUUUUCAAUUAAGAAACUGCAUUGCGCCAGAAAUAUUUUACACAUGAAUUUAUUUGCUUCAUUCAUUUUAAGGGCCUUUAUUUUGAUAUUAAAAGACAUUUUGUUUUAUCAAGGUUUAGGGACAGCAGAAGAUUUUGUUAAUAUAAAUGGAAAGUAUUAUUUUAACAUAAAUGUAGAGACCAGCAACUACAAAUGCAAAUUAUUAACAUCAUUAGCACAUUAUUUUACAAGUGCUAAUUAUUCCUGGAUUCUAAUGGAGGGUUUAUAUCUAAACAACUUAAUAUUUAGAGCCCUUUUUGCAGAUUCCAGUAAAAAUAUUGUGCAUUAUGUUAUACUGGGAUGGGGUAUGCCAUUACUAGUUGUUAUACCAUGGAUAAUAGCUCGCAUAUGGCUCGAAGAUUCUUUAUGUUGGACGUCACAAGAAAAUAAUGUUGCAUUUUUAAUUAUAGCAAUACCCACAAUAAUUUCUAUAUUGAUAAAUUUUGUAUUAUUUGUAAUUAUUUCAAUUGUGCUGUAUAGUAAAUUAAGAUCGCCUAUAAAUGAAGAUUCCUGUCGAUAUAAGAAAUGGGCAAAAUCAACUCUAGUUUUAAUGCCAUUGUUUGGUGUGCAUUAUUCGAUAUUUUUAGUAUUUUAUUUUGUUAGAAAAGCUGAGGACACCAUUGAAUUGAUUUGGCUAAUUUGUGACCAAUUAUUUGGAAGUUUUCAGGGAUUUUUUGUAGCUAUUCUAUACUGCUUUCUAAAUGGAGAAGUGAAAUCCGAAUUAAAACCUCAUAUGUGCUCUAUUUUAACAUAUAUGGCUACACGUAAAUAUUUAAGAUUUUGUUUUCCCUGCAGGGAAAAAUAUUUGAGAUCAGCUGUGGGCAGGACAUCAGUUUGCACGACUAUGUCAUGUAGCUCCUUGUAUACAAACGGCCUAAUUCAUCAUCGAAACAGUAAAACUAAAUCGACAGACGCAAAAAUCAAACACCUAAAUUCAAGCGUGGAAAAAAGGGAUCACAUCUGUGCAAAUGGGAAAAAUAUAAAUGGCAAGAACAAACAAAACACGACAUGUAAUACAAACGGAACAGCUGAAACAACUUUAAUGACUGAUAUACAACAUGAAAAAUACAUAGCUGAUCAAAUAAUUAUUGAAGAGGAAAUAAUAUUGACGAAAAAUUUCCAUUAA